CAUCACAACAAAAAAAAAACUAAACAAAGUCACUCUUUUUCUGAUCAACGAGAUUUCUUCCCUCUCUCAGUCGCGGCUGGUGCCGUCAUCACAUUCGUUACAUCGUCUUUUCGUUGUCCAUCCGCAAAGCAAGUUGUUGAUCAACAGGCUCAACUUGGUGGCCGUCGCCAUUUUUUCUCGGUGCCUUUGCUUUGCGCUCACUGGCCAAUCUUGUAACUGAACUCUGAAUAGAUAGCAGCAGAAUGAGGAGGGCCGCUGCUGUCAUUCUGAUUCUUGUGCUUGACAUUGUGCUGUGCCAUCCUCCAGGCUACCCCUUUGCUAAACAUGUCGAUGAGACAAUGACUGUUACUGUCUGGGAGACUGUUCAGGCACCAGAUUAUGUGGUAUGGGUUGACGAGAACGGCAAAAUUGUCUCUCAAGGCGUAGAAACAGCAAGUUCAGCAAGACCUUUGGACAACACGGUCCAUAAUGCAGCUCAAGUGUCUGCAACUUCGUCCACCGCUCAUCCGCCAGUUCUGUCCACAUACGAACCGGAAGCAGCAUCUGACCAAAGCAAACUCACCCAGACAUGCACUGGAACGGGGUCAGCUGUAAUGCUGACAGCCAUUUCCACGCGAGCGACUGUCCCAUCUCCAACUAGAUCAACAGAUCAAGUACAGACUUUAGAAACAACUCAGCCUCAAGCUGAUUCUCCAUCGGCUGCAACUAGCACAUUAGUUGCUGAUACCGUUCAAAGCGCUACAGCUAGUGACGAUGCGAAUCAUAACAGAUCCGAGUAUGGUAUCAGUUGGUCAAAUUACAAGGGCGUCGAGGGUGACGUAUUAUGCAAGACUUUCGAUGACGCGGACAGAGAAUGGUCUCAAAUGAAGGAUUACGAUGUCGUCCGAAUCUACGGUGCGGACUGCGGCCAGCCGGGAAUGGCCCUCCAGCUUGCGAAGAAGUACAACAAGCGCGUCUUUGUUGGCAUUUAUUUUCUAGACGACACAAUGCCUUCGCAGCUGCAGACCAUUGUUGAUGGUGUGCUCGCCGUUGGUGGCGAUUGGACUAUGGUCGACGCGAUUAGCAUUGGCAAUGAAGAUGUGCAUCGUGGUGAGAAGACACCGCAGCAGAUCUUCGCAUUCGUUGCCUCUGCAAGGACGCUGUUGCAUCGUGCUGGCUACCGCGGGCCCGUCGUUCACGUCGACAGCCAAGACGCCUAUCUUGCCAAUCCAGAACUCUGCGGUGCGAGAGCGGGUGACUACCUUGCUGCCAACGUCCAUCCAUUCUUCAAUUCUCAGACAAGCGCCGACCAAGCUGGCAAGUUCGUGAAAGGCCAGGUAGACCUCCUUCGUCAUUGCGGUGCAAGUCAGCGACGCCAUCGCCGCGAUGAGAUUCGUGUCCGCGUGACCGAGACUGGGUGGCCCAAGUCCGGUCAAGCAAAUGGUGCUGCCGUGCCGGGUAAGAGAAACCAGAACGUCGCCGUAGAAUCCAUCAAGAGGAAUGUUGAGGGCGAUGUGAUUAUGUUCUCCGCAUACAACAAUUACUGGAUGACGGAUGACACUUCAACCUUCGAUACCGAACACUACUGGGGUCUUCUUGACGACUGAUCCCCACUCCGACCUGACCUGGCUCUUGCCCCGAUUUUUUGGAGCAACAGACGUAUAUGGUCCAAAGUGAUGAUUUGAUAACACGAUUUGCAGACUUCUAAAUGGUUGCGCAUGGUCCGCUUCCCGCAGACCAACACUUGACCAUGGAUGGCACUUCGAUAGUAUCGAUUCCAGCGCAUGGAUUACGUGCAGCAUUCAAGCUUGCCACAGAUAUAUAUGAACGAGCGCAGAGAACAUGAGCAGGGCUCAAAGACGGCUUUCAACGCUUCAGAAUGGCCAUUGCGCCCAAAAGUAUCCAUAGAAGUACACCUAGUUAGCAACCGCAGCAAUUUCAACG